GGUAUGAACGCGUUGCCUCACGUCUUCACCGGCUCGCCCGCACUGUUUUUACCCCCCGGUGACGAUGUGAGGCGCGGGGCUGCGCACCGGCAGCGUGCGGGCAGUCCCUGCAGCAGCGGGCCCGCGCGUUUGGGGGCGAUGCUCACCUGCUCAGGUGACAUACGGCACGGGAGACCUCGGCGACGGUACACCGUCACCAUGAACAACCCCAUUCCAACCAGCUUGAAGUCGGAGACGAAGAAAGCCGCUAAAAUCCUGCGAGAGUUCACCGAGAUCUCGUCGCGCACCGGAGCCGACAAACUGAUCCCAGCUCAUGUGAUAGCGAAGGCGGAGGGCUUGGCCAUCAUCACCGUCAUCAAGGCCGGCUUCAUGAUCACCGCCCGGGGCGGUAGCGGCAUCGUCAUCGCGCGCCUCGCAGACAGACGCUGGUCCGCUCCGUCUGCCAUCGGCAUUGCUGGUCUAGGAGGAGGUUUCGAGAUCGGUGUUGAGGUCUCGGACCUGGUGAUCAUCCUGCUCCAGCGCCGGGCGGUCGAUGCCUUCACUAAAGGAGGGAAUCUGACGCUUGGAGGGAACUGCACCGUGGCAGUGGGGCCGAUGGGCAGGAACGUGGAGGCGGAUGUGCUCCUGCGCAGCACGGCGGCUGUGUUCACCUACUGCCACUCCAGGGGGCUGUUCGCCGGGAUCUCCCUGGAGGGGUCCUGCCUCAUAGAGCGCAAGGAGACCAACCAGAAGUUCUACUCCCAGGUGAUCCGGGCGUCGGCUAUCCUGAACGGAGACGUGGAGCCUCCGGCCGCCUGCCACGACCUCUACCAGGUCCUGGACCAGUACACCGACGCCUACACCGACGCCUGGACCAGCAAGCACCUGGGGCCCAAGGCCGGCCCAGCGAGGCCCAGAGCCCCGAUCCGCCCCCCCAGCUACUGCGCGCCCCCCCCAGCCAAACCAACUCUGUACCCCAGUCUCUCCGUCUACAAACCCCCCAAUGCAGCAGGAGGGGCUCCGGGUCCAGAGGGGCCCAGCGGACCCCUGGUCGUCACGGCAACACACCCGUUCACCGGCCAGCAGCCGGGGGACCUGAGCAUCGCCCCCGGCGACUGCAUCACCGUGGUAACCAGGACGGAGUCGGAGUACGACUGGUGGGAGGGCCGGCUGGCCGACGGCCGCACCGGCAUCUUCCCCGCCAACUUCGUCUCCUGGAGCUGAUGCUAACGGCUACGCUAACGGCUACGCUAAUCACACGCAACAUACACGCUACAUACAUGCCACUCACAUGCUACCUACCUCACAUGGCUACUGGUUUAGGGUUAAGACUGUUUCGGGGUUUAAACUGGUUUAGGGUUAAGACUGUUUCGGGGUUUAAACUGGUUUAGGGAUAAAUAUUGUUUCAUGGUUAAAGGCUGUGAACUUUAAAACAGGUUUAAGGUAGUAACUGGUUUAAAGUUAACACAGAUUUAAGGUCAAGGCUGGUUCAUGGUUAACACGUGUUAACUCGUCCUGUUUUCUCUAUUUAUAAUCCCUUGGGUUGGUAUAUUAAUGUCUGUUAUUCACAAGGGAGUGCCUUUUAUGGACAUGUCUGGUGUGACUUUGAUAUGAGAACAUUAAAGUUUAUUUUAUGUAA